AAAUUUGCAUUUGAUUUAACACGGUGACGUAAUUAAACGGCAAUGUUCUCAACCAUAGAGUAAAUUUAUAUCUAGAGUAUUUUUUCCAGAUAUAAAACAAUAUAUUUUCCAGAAAUAAAUCACGAGGAGAAGCGGGAAAAAAAUGGUUUCUAAUAAUGACCGUUAAAAUUUAAAGUUCACCUCAGCUGAUGCUACUUCAAAAAAGUGGGGGAAUUGUUUCCAUGUGUUUUUAUUAUAUUUGUUUUGAAAUCUAAAAUGUUAGAGAGAGAAAGCAUAUAUUAUUUACGCACUCGUAAAGUUAAACGAAUGCUUUGGCCAGUUGAUCAUGAAAGAAUUCUUUCAGAUUUGAAGAACGAAGAGAUUAGAAUUAAAAAAGAGUUUACUGAAAAGUACAACUUUGACUUUGAUACUGAAAAACCAAUGCAUGGUAAAUAUAAUUGGAUAUCCAUAAGUUCAGAAACGUAUAAUGAGAAUUCUAAUUUUAAGGAAGACCCCCCUUGUUGUUCUAACGUCGAAAAAAACGAUAAAUUAAGAAAUACAUCCAAAAAAAGAAAAGAUAAAUCUAAGAACAGCAUGACAGUUCCCAAGAAAAAGAGAAUAUCUCCGUCAAGUAUGACGUUACGUAGAGGUAUAAGAAAAAGACAAGCAAGGACAUGAACAUAAAAAAGAUAUUAUUUUUCAAUAUUUAACAACAAAAAGGUUAAAACAGAUAUAUAUAUAUAUAUUUUUAAACAACUUUUUGUUAUGUUUUGUUAUAUAUUUGUUUUUCAAUUUUUAUCUUUAAUUUUUUUCCUCUACUAGUAGAGUUCUCAUUUUGUAUAAACCUUAUUUUAUUUUCAAUUUUUUUCCUUUAAAGUAAUAUGGAUUACAGGUAAAAAGAUUACUAAGGCUCUAUAUAUACAAACUCCUUUUUUUGGAUAUUUUUAAAACCAAACCCCCAUUUUUUGAUAUUUUUAAAACACUUUUUAUCACACACUUGAACUUUUUUUUUCUUGAUUUUUUUAAAAAUUAUUUUUCUUCUUUUGCAAGUUAUUGUAAAUUUUGUGCAUAGCAAUGUAAAUAUGUUGAAAGAUAUCUUAUUAUAUUGUAAAAAGAAAGGUCUGAUUACACUUCAAAGUAUUUCUGACUAAAAAGAAUAUUUUUGGAUUUUGGUUAUGGAAAUUUGGUUGUUGGUGAUUUUCUAAUUUUUAUAUCAAAUUAGUUUUUUAUUAUCUUUUUUCUUUUUACAUGUUUUUGUUUUAAAUGUUCUAUUUUUCUACUAUAAAUAGUUUUACACAAAUUUUAAAAAAUAGUUCUUAAAAAUAUACUUAACUAUAUGCGAAUUUCUUUUAUAUAUUUUAUUAAUGCAUAGUUUUUCAAGAAAAAUAAGCGAAUUGCGUCGAGAUUUCAAAUUUUCUUGUGAGUUGAAAACAGUGGAGAAAUAAACAUGUAAACACCCAUGUAAAAUUAAAUUUGAUAAAGAAAAGUAUUUUGAAACACUAAA